CCCCCCCACAACACCCCCCCCCCCAAAUCACCCCCCCACGCCAACCCCCGCUGGCGGGUGACGCAUCCGCCUGUUCAGAUCUACAUGGUGUACAACAAGCGCUCCGGGAAGCCCCGCGGUUACGCCUUCAUCGAGUACGAGCACGAGCGGGACAUGCACUCCGCCUAUAAACACGCUGAUGGGAAGAAGAUCGAUGGGCGCCGGGUGCUGGUGGAUGUGGAAAGGGGAAGGACAGUGAAGGGAUGGAGACCCCGGCGCUUGGGGGGAGGUUUGGGGGGUACCCGCCGAGGAGGAGCCGAUGUGAACAUCAGGCACUCGGGCAGGGAUGAUACGUCCCGCUAUGACGAGAGGGACCGGGAGCGGGAGCGGGAGCGGGAGCGCCGGGAGCGCUCUCGGGAACGGGACCGGCGCCGUUCGCGCUCCCGGGACCGGCGCCGCCGCACCCGGAGCCGCGAGAAGGAAGAACGGGACCGGAAGCGAGGCGGGAGCCGGGACCGCAGCAAAGAGCGCGACCGGAAACGCCGCAGCCGCUCCCGCGAGCGCAAACGGGAUCGCGACCGGGAUCGCGACAAGAAGGAGGAAGGGCUCGAACCCUUGGAGCCCCCCGAGGAUCUCCUGGGGAGCGGCGGCGGCGGCGGCGGGGGGGGGGGCGGCAUUCCCGAUCCCGGCCCCCCCGAUGGGCUGGGAUCCAAAGGGGACGGGGAGGACAAGAGCCGGGAGCGGGAGCGGGAGCGGCGCCGCGGGCACCGGGAGCGGGAGCGGCGCCGGGAGCGGGACCGGGAACGGGAGCGGCCGGAGCGCGAGCACAAACGGGAACGGGAGCGGCUGGAGCGGCGGGAGGAGAGACCCCCCGGGCCGGACGCGCCGGAUGCGAUGGGCGGGGGGGGGGACCCCGGCUCCGAGCUGUUCCUGCAGGCGGACACCCUCCCGCCCCCCGAGGGGUACAUGGGGGCGGAGAACGGGUACCUGAUGGACCCCCCCAUGGAGUGAUGGGGGGGGGAACCCCCAAAACGGCCCCCCCGGACCACACCCCCCCCUCAGCCCCCUCCCAAAACCCCGUUUUUUGUGCUUCGAAUAAAAGGUGUUUUAAUGGAAA